CCUGCCAUUGUUCCACAACAACAAUCACUUCUUCGAACUGGCGGUCGCAUACAAACCCCAUAUCAACCCAGCCCUUCCUCUCCCUUUCUAAGAAAUUCUUGAUUGUUUGGUCUACUCUGUCUACCUCCCACCUGAGACCUACAUUCCAGAGUCGCACGUCGGACGCAAUACCGAUCCUCCUUUCCUACUGACCUUCAACGCGUCGGCCGUCUAUCUCGACAACCCACCCCUGGCCACUUGUAUUGGCCACACCGCUUCAUACCUAUGAAAACGAAGCGAGAUAGACCGCUUGGGUUUUUUUUUGUCCUCGUUGGAAAUGGAGCCCGUCCCUGAGACUGAGAGAAUGGAGGAAUUCCGCUCUUCUCCUUUGCCUACUCUGCGUCUUCAACCAGCUGCCAUCAUCACGAAUGAUCCAGAUCCUGGUCGCAAGCCUUACCCCCUUCGCAGAGCAACUGACCCCCCAUCUCCAAGCUCGCCAUCUUGGUCAAUGGCGGCCUCUCUUCCGUAUCGACCUCGAACUACAUCCCCUUUGACUGGUACGCACACCCGAUCUAAGUCAAUGGCCAGUCUCGCACCACCUACCAUUGGUCGUACACGAUCUAUGCCGGGUGUUGAUGGUUCGGGUCGUAUUAUUUACCCGCCGACGCUCCGCCCGGCCAGUCCCCUAAGUUCUCCCAACAGAGUUCGGGCACCUCGAAAGCCAGUCGAUGAAGCAUAUCCACCGACUUCUCCUAUUCGGUCUUCCGUCCUGGAUGGUGAGAGGCAUCACACUGAGUUAGGCGGUUCUCCCAGCUCUAGCACUCCAAAUCUAGGUAAUUUAGCUCACCGGCGAACAUCUUCACCUCUACGCCUUACGAGCUAUUCGUCAAGCACCCCUUCCCUCCCUGGAACUCCGUCGGCUACAGCAGGCUCGCCUUCAUUCCGGUCCGAGGGUUUGUCUUAUGCUUACACCUUUCCUUCAUACUACCCGUCAUCAUCAGUCCCCUCGACACCGACAUCUAUGAGGUCCCGCAGUCCAAGUAUUUCAAGCCUGGAGACCAUUCCCGAUUCUCCAGAUGCUGAGGAGGCUGCCCUAGAGGCCGAAAGAAUCGCCCAGUUGAAGGCUGCUGCGGAGGCCGACGAAGAAGGAGAGUCUGGAGAGGCAAAGGGUCGUGACGCGCCAUCGCGUGGAAGAUCUAUAGUCCUUGGGACAAGAGACAAACGUAAACGCUGGAGUGUCUGUGGCGCUGAGCGACGCGGCGAUCUUGAUUUGGAGACAAUCUGGGAAGACUGAGAAUUCCGCAUUGGAAGGAAUACGAAUGAAUGACCUUGUUGCAUGGCACCACAGCCCAGGUGGUGGGUCCUAAGUCGUUUUGCAAAGCAU